AAAAUGAUCUUAAACCCCUAAAUACCCUUAAAUUCUAGAGUUAAAGAUAUUAAAAUUAAUUAAAGAUUUAAAAAUCCUAACACCCACUCUGGUCACCACCUGUCCGCCUGCCGUUGCCGUCUUUCCACUUGCCGAUACCCAUUUGUCGCGCCCCCACACCCACUCCGGACACAUCUCUGUUCGUCCCUCUCGAAGAUGAACAACAGAUGUUCAUCCUCUUGAGGAUGACAGCUCGCCAAAAAGUGGCGUCAGGUUCGCGGAGGAUCGGGGAGCGGAUAGCUGCAGGUGGAUAGGUGGCGACGAUAGGUGGAGUGGUGGAGGCAGGUGAGGGACGGGUUGAAAAUUAGGACUUUUUAAUUUAAAAUUUUAUUUUUAGGUUUUUAAGGGUAUUUUGGAUAUUUUAUAUUUCUAGGAUUUUUUUAAAAUGUGUUAAAUGAUGAGGAGCUGAUUGCGUGUGUAAUGGCUUUUUUAUAAGUGCCACUUUAGAAUUUUCGACCGUGUUAGUCUGAAAUGGAUGGUGGGGGACCGGGGGUUUACUGCCCUCACAGUCAAAACUGUGGGAGCCUUAUCAUCUAUGAAAUUUAGAGGCAGGUUGUAAGAGGGUGUAGAAGAUACGGGGCAUGAGUGAUUAAUAGCCGGAUUUUAUCAUCUUCAGACUUCAGCCCUUUAAAUUGAUUUCUUUGUGUUAGAUUAAAUUUCGAAAAAUAUUUAAAAAAAUUCUGCCUCCAUAACUGCCAUGGCCGUUUUUUGAGUAACGACCGAUACACACAAUUGCCUGCUGCGAUGAUUUGAUUAAUUUAUUCUGUUUUAGUAGCAAUUUCAUGGACAAAACAUAAAACAAAACUAAAAGCUUCAUAGAAUUACAUUAUUUGUCGUCUUCUCCAAUGCUAAUACAAAAUCUAGCACCAUGAAAAAGACACCCCCGCCCAAUGCCGGCCGACAUUCUUCUCAUAUACUUAAUAUUUAUUUUUAUUUCGGUGAUGAUCUCAAUGCUUCAGGUUGGAAACACAUUAUAUAUACAUCAGAUACAUCAAACACCUUGUGUUCCUUUCUUCUGUUGUCUCCUGAGCCAUGAUGACGGAAAAGAGAUUGAGCAGGGAGUUUUCAGGUGGUUCUGUAAACCUGCAAAAGAAAGUUGUGGAGUCUCGCCGGAAAAAUAAAUCCGAUAAAGCACCUGACAUAACGGAUUUUAUGAAUGACAUGUUUUUUGGGACUCUAACCAAUGAGAAGAAAGCUUACAACCUGACAGGAAACGGUUGGGACAAUGAUGAUGAAGAAGAAGCGGGUUUCGAUGACAGCACAAGGAGUAACAGCAGCAGGUUGACUCAGGAGUGGCUUGAAGAGGCUAAACGCAUGAUGGCUUCAUCGCCUACGCGAUGUGAAUCGCCUACCAGACUCGUUGGGUCGCCGAGGUUCGCAGGUGGAGUUCCUGCCAGGCUUUCGACAUCUUCAGUUCUUGACAGGAGGGAUCCUCUCUCCAGGUCUGCCAGAAGACACAGAGGAGUAGAAGGGUUCAGUGGAGAAAUACUGAUAAAAUCUGCUAAACACAGCCGCAAUAAAUCAGAAUCAAUAGACAGUUUGCCAUUAGAGCCAUCCCCUGCAUCUCAGUUCCAACAGUGGUUCUCUAACAUCCUUACACCGCCCACCAAUGUCGAUGUCAAUCACAACACCAACAAAUUAAUUGACUUAACUGAUCCAGUGUCCCCAACCGUGCCUCCUCGACCAUCAACUUAUCGCAGAUCCCGCUUCCAAACUGAGCCUCCUGCACCUGUUCCUCAGGGAAUACCAGUCCCAUCCCGUAGAACAUUCAAGCCAGCUCCAUUACCAGACAUCCAUUUGCUCUCUCCACCAAAAAAUCUCAUAGAAUCACCCCAAAGAAGAUCAAUAUCAUCAUCAACAUGUGCCCAACUAGAGCACGGCCCUCUGUCUCCUCCGAGGAAUCUUGUAGAGUCAGCUCAUAGAAGGUCGCUGUCUAGGUCAACUUGCUCCAUUAAAGAGAAAAUUUCACCAAAGCCUGAUACAAUAACAAAAGGGUGGCAGAAAGAAGAGAAUCAAUGCGACAGAGACAUUAAUCUCAAUGGAUUUCUUAAGGAGCAAAGAAUCAAGAUCGAGAAGAUCUUGAAUGGGGAGAUUAGUUCCAAGGCCAAAGUUAUUCUUUCGGGUCCUUCAAACAGUACAAGUUCAAUGAUAGCGGCGAUAUGCUAUGCAUGGUUGUUGGAGAACAAGAUGAUGAAGAAUAAAGGAGAGGGUAAUGGACAAGAGUAUGUAGUGGUGCCAGUGAUGAAUGUAAGGAGAGGGAGAAUGUGGAAGCAAAGGCAAGCUGCUUGGCUCUUUCACCAUCUUGGCUUUGAUGCUGUAUCUUUGCUCUUUGCUGAUGAGGUGGACUUGGAGAAUCUAAUUAUGUCAGGAAAAUUGAGCAUUCUUGUGGUUGGACAAGAUAUUCUCAAAAAUGACACUGAGGAAACAUCUCAGUGCACUAUUCUCACGGAUAAUUACUGUGAAGAUGCCUAUCAUUUGCUUCAGACCCCACUUCUCAAAAAACUACUGCUUGCAGGAAUCCUGUUAGAUACACUAAACUUGAAUGCUUGUACCAAAAUGUCAAUGACAAGAGAUGCAGAAGCAGUUCAGUUGCUACUAAUCGGCUCAUCCCCUAAUUACCGAAAUACCCUUUUUGAUCAAUUGACGCAAGAUCAAAAGGACAAGUCCUUCUUUGAAGCUUUGCGGUAUAAUUAUGGAAAGCCCCCUAGUGAAAGCGGGGGCGACAGCUUAUCGCAGAUAGAGAACAGGGUAUCAGAAAGGAGGUCAAGUUCUGCCUCUCAGAAUCAAGCUCAUUUACAGAAUUCUGAUCAGAAUCCUAAGCAUGUAAAAAAUGCAAAAACCAACGUGGAUACACAAAAACCGAAACCAGAAGCAGCCUCCGAUAAUACUCGUGGAAAAAACAAAUUCUUCCUAGCAAAGUGGUUUGGUUUUGGAAAAUGACAGACCUCAAAAAACCUAAUUUUUCAUCAAAGUGAAAGAUUUUAAUUUCUUACAGGAUUUUUGCCUACCUUAUGAAAAUGACCGAUAUAUACAUAUAAUUAUCAUAAUAGUUGAUGAUGCA